CUCACUGCUAUGGACAGUGCCAUCACCCUGUGGCAGUUCCUCCUCCAGCUCCUCCAGGAGCCUCAGAACAAGCACAUGAUCAGCUGGACGUCUAAUGACGGGGAGUUCAAGCUUUUGCAGGCAGAAGAGGUGGCUCGUCUCUGGGGGAUCCGUAAGAACAAGCCUAACAUGAAUUACGACAAACUCAGCCGAGCCCUCCGAUACUAUUAUGUCAAGAAUAUCAUUAAAAAAGUGAAUGGUCAGAAGUUUGUGUACAAGUUUGUCUCUUACCCAGAGAUUUUGAAAAUGGACCCAAUGACAGUGGGCAGGAUUGAGGGAGACAGUGAAGCCGGAGGCUGCAGUGAAGUCACCGGCGGCUCGAGGGACGCGGAGAUCGGGGCCCGAGAGAGGCCGCCUCCGCCUGGCGCCAGGACCUCCAGCCGCAACGACUACAUACACUCCGGCUUGUAUUCUUCCUUUACUCUCAACUCUUUGAACUCCUCCAACAAGAGGCUUUUCAAACCGAUCAAGAUCGAGAAUCCAGCUGAGAAGCUGGUGGAGAGAAAACCCCCGCAGGAGCCCACCCCGUCUGUCAUCAGAUUCGUAACGACGCCUUCCAAAAAGCUGCUGGCCGAGCCUGUUGCCGCGGUGCUGUCCGGCAGCCCGAGCAUUUCUCCAUCUUCGGAAGAAACUCUCCAAGCCUUGGAGACGCUGGCCUCCCCCAGACUGCCAUCCCUGGAGGCCCCGACCUCUGCCUGCAGCGUGACCGCCGCGUUUGCCCCCCAGCCUCUUGCGUCCACACCGCCUUCUGUGCAGGACGCUCCUGGGACACCUUCGCCGCCGCUGAGCCCUAACCCCGACAUUGACACAGAUAUCGACUCCGUGGCUUCUCAGCCCAUGGAACUUCCAGAGAACUUGUCGCUGGAGCCCAAAGACCAGGACGUGGCUUUGCUGGAGAAGGACAAGACAAGUAAUUCCUCGAGAUCCAAGAAACCCAAAGGCUUAGAGCUGGCGCCCAUCCUCGUGAUCACGGGCAGUGACCCGAGCCCGCUGGGCAUCCUGAGCCCGUCCCUCCCCACGGCUUCCCUCACGCCAGCACUCUUCUCCCAGACGCCCAUCUUGCUGACGCCGAGCCCCCUGCUGUCGAGCAUCCACUUCUGGAGCACUCUCAGCCCCGUCGCCCCCCUGAGCCCGGCCCGACUGCAGGGUGCUAACACGCUCUUCCAGUUUCCUUCUGUACUGAACAGUCAUGGACCGUUCACUGUGUCUGGCUUGGAUGGACCACCCACGCCCGGCCCAUUUUCCCCAGAUCUACAGAAAACAUAACCUAUGCAUUUGUGGAAUGCGGGAACAAAGGAAUAAAGAAACAGAAAGACAUUCAACAUGAUUACAUUUGAAGUGAGCAAUUAAUAGUUCUACAAUGCUAAUAAUAGACUAUUGUGAUUUUUGCCAUUCCCCAUUGAAAUGCCUUUUUAAGAUUCCCUUUGACUAUGACUCAAGUUGGACUGUACAUAAAAAUGCCUUAAUUGGAGUCCAAACUCCACCUCCCCUUCCCCUCCCCUCUCCUCCCCUCCCUCCCUUCCUUCCUCCCUCCCUUCCUUCCUUCCUUCCUUCCUUCCUGAAUAUUUUGAGCUUUGUGUUAAGGAAAUAUUUGGUGGGUUUAGCAGUUAGCUAUGCUUUGCAGGAGCAGUUAAGAACAAAGUUAUUCCUUCUGCCUUAUUGGGACCCUUUGGCCAGGAAAACAAUUAUGCUUUGAGUAUAUUAUUUGAAGGAAUGUUAAAUGCAGUUGGCCACAUCUUUAGGACUAAGUGUGUUCUGUUGAAUAACUAAGAGUGAGCCGUGUGUGAGCAGUGAAGGAAGAGGAUUCCUUCACUGUUGACACCACGUAAGACUGGAGCAAUACUGUGGGGGAGAUUCUGUCUGACUGUGAACUGUAACGUGUGUAAGCCAUCCACAACAAGGCAUCUUAUUUCCCUAUAUUGGGGCGGGGGGGGGUGCUUAGCCAUGUGUAUGAUCUUAUCUGAACCUGUGAACAGCAUGGAACGUGGUCUGUUUCAACAUAGGAAGAUUUUUAAACCUGGGGUUUAAGAUGGUGUGUUGGCAACAACCAGUGAGAAUACGGGACCCCGACUCCAGCACAGAAGUGUCGUCUGCUCGCUGGGUGGUGUAAUUACACACUCGCGGUGUAUACAGCAUGCUAAGCGAUGGCUCUCAGGAUGACCCUGGGUUGUGAGAUCUCAAGGCAUCUCUGAGCAAAACAUUCAGUUCAGUGACUUGAAACAACAUGUGGGGCUUUCUUUCCUAGUCAGAAGAUACUUUUUCUUCUCUGUUCGCUGUGUUAUUUAUCUUUUAAAUUUCAGGUUGUUAGGGGUUGUGAUCAUUUUAAAGGUGUAAUUAGGAAGGUGUGAAAAGCAAAGUGAAGCCUCCAAAUCUAUAGUGAGGCAUAGUUGUUAUGUCUUUGAAAAAAACUUUUUUAAUUAGAGAGCAGCAGAAUUUGUUUAGAAAUGCUCACGUACGGGGAUUGGAUUGUUCACAGUAGUAGUGACACAUGUAGGCCUCCAUCUCCGCAUUGCUAUGGCUCUGAAAUGCUGUCACGUGGUACUCGACACCAGCCGUAGACAGAUCUGUGGAUGCUCCAAGCUGAAUUGAUACCGACAUCACAGGGGGAUCUUUUGAAAACCUUGACUUUUAAAGUCUAGGAUUAGAUUAUAUACCAACACCACCACCAUGACAACACUGCCCGUUAGUGACCUCAUCUUUUCACCCUAGAAGUAGGUCUGUAAUUGAGUCACAUAAACUAAAUGGAAUGAGGGAGUAAGGAUUUGAGGCCUCAAAAGGACACUGAUAUGAACCAGCGUCUCCCAGAUGUAUAAUAUUCACUUUAAACGUGUUUCUGUACAGUGUGGAGAAGCCGUAGUGUGAGACACGCCUGCUAGUUAGUAGUCGGGGAGGGACAACAUUCAGGGAGCCGUCUUCACGUCUGUUGUCUGGGGACCCGUUGCUGGCUCACCUGUGGUUCGCAGCUGACAGGUGCGCCCCUGAGCUGUGCAACAGCAGUUUUGGAGGCAGUGUUCGGCAGUGAUGGGGAGCGGAUGGUGGGCUUCAGUCCCACGCGGAGUCACUUCGUGGGCAUGCUUAUUUGAAGUCAGACCUCAGCAGCACUUUGGAAUAGUUUUAUUAGGUUUAUGAAUAUUUUGUACAUUAAAUCUAAGUAUUGAUGGCUUGAUUUACCUAGAUAUUUUAAGUUUUGAAAGCACAAAAGUAUUUUAUCUUUUUGAAUUAAAGGAGAAAAGCCAUUGGUUGUUUUCAUAGACAAUAUCUUUGAUGACUGUCAGCACAGGGUGCCUGGGAACUAAGGGCGCCAUUAAAGCUCAGUCCAGGCCGCUUCCUGGGAACCAGUUUUUGUGAGUCCUCUCUCUCUAAACCUACUCCGGAAGCCUCGGAGAGGUGUGGGCCUCAGGAGAUUGAUGAUCUGCUUUCUCUUUGAGAUCAGCUGACAUGGAGAAGAGUGUGUGUGUGUGUGUGUGUGUGUGUGUGUGUGUGUGUGUAUUUCCUUUUUUAAAUGAAAGUUUACAACCUUAGCUCAAGUGUAUAGGGCAGAUUGUUCUGUUUGUAAACUACCUCCUUCCUGGAAAAAUCUCAGCUUCAUGUUUUUUGAACAUCCAGAGUUCUUAGUAUCGAAAGGUGAAUGCCAUUAACACUUAAGAUCCGUGUUCGCUGGGGAGACUUGUGUUUGGUAUCUAGCUGGUAUCCGUCCCCACGAUGAUUACUGGUGGGCAAAAGUAGCCUAAAUUAAGAGAAGGGAACAGGUUGAAUGAGUUUUUGAGACAUCUGUGAUUAUCUUAGCUUUUCAUCUGCUCUGGCCCAUAUCUACUCAUUUGUAUGCUGGGAAAUGUUUAACAAUCAGGCUUUCUGAAGGGGGAAAAAAAUCUUUACAUUGUAGCAUUUGCUGAUUUCCAUGAUUAAAUUACUUUGCCUGUGGCUGAUUUUAAGCUACUACCUUAGAGUUGAGAAGGGCUGAACACAGUUGGUUCACAGCCAUACACUCAACCAGCUAACCGCCACAUUUAUUCCAUCCUGGGGUGGGUUCUCAUGUAAUUUCUAAAAUAAUGUUUUUCUUGUUCAUAUGCUGAUUUUUUAAAAUACAAAAUUAAAAUCACAUGGCUAGCUUCAGUGAUCUUUUUUUACAUGGUUUGUCAGUGCCUUUGUGAGGUUAUAUUCCUCAUGGCGUAUUUUGUGUGUUCUAACAAAGGUAAAAGGUAUUUUGCAAAAUAUGUACGUAAUGGAAUAACCUAGAAACCCCCAAAAAGCCAGUGUAAGCUAUAUAAGCCUAAGUUUUUUCUUUAGAUUUUGAUGGGGAAAGUAAGCCCAUGAGCCUGUGUGUGUGGACACACCUAUAUGUGUAUAUACACACAUAGACACACACACACAUAUAUGCAUGUGUAUAUGUGUAUAUGAUGAAAAAGGGUCCUGGAUUUUUUUUUUAACUGGAAGAAUUCUUUGACAAUUUCUAGUUUUCUCAAUCCUGUGCCACUCCGGCGUGGAGGGGAAAGUAAAUGAGUAAAGAGGCUUGGGAUUCUGUGGCUGCAGAAGUGCAGCCUGGCGGUAAUAUCGCUCCAGUUCCAUUCAGACCUGUUGUGUGAGUUGUAGCCUCACAACCUUGUUUCAUCCUGCUCUCGGAACAGCUGUGAGGGUCCUGAAUCCCUGCAGGCAGCUUCGUGUGUUUCUAGGGAAUUUAAGUACGCUGGACGCACUCGCUGGCAUUUCACAAAGCCAGUCUGCAGCCUUCCUGAACACACCCCAUAUGUGAAAGUUUUAAACCCCGUAUUUCCCAGUGCAAAUUCAGACGUGAAUCAGUGAAGCCGUAUGCCACUGCAGGGAAGUCAUACGUGCGUUCUGGGAUGGGCACAAAAUUAGGAAUUCAGGGUGGUCUAGGAAGGGAAUCUCGACUGGAAGUCGUACUGUUGUCUUCCCGCCCCAGCAGACGGUCUUGGGCACCUUCCGGCAGCACGCGCUCUGCCUUGAAGACCACAGACUCAGGAUACUGUUUCACUGUGUAAUCUUGAAAACAAAGCGUGGAUACUUUAGUUGUGAUGGAUGGAGAAAUCCUUAACAUAUUUGAUCUGACGUUCAUGUAAAACCCCUACAAGUUGAUUUGGAAUUUUCCAGUAAAGGUUGUCUUCAGCUUCCUGAAAUUUUAUAUCAUUCUUUUUUCGUACAUCACCCAUUACCAAAUGCUUUCCAGGGCUUCAUGCAGAUUAUCUUUGACAGCCUGUUGGCUCUUGUCUCUUCAUACUAGAUAGGCUUCUAUAAUUUACUUUUAUGUUACCAGCCUGCUUACAAACUUCUUCUGGCCUUACUAAUAUUAUAUUUUACCAACAAGUUCAGAAUUAUGUUAGGUUGCUUUAUGCUAAAAAUCACCUCUAUUCUCUUGCUGCCUUCGUAAGCUUUGAUUUUCUUAUUGGUAGGAACAUUGCAGCAUCUCUUGAAGAAAUAACAUUCCUCUAUGAGUCUGUGCUAUUUAUCACUUACUUGUAUAUAUUUUAGGAAUCUAGAACUGUGCUGAGGUACGGAGACAGAUGCAGGUGUCUUUGUGCAGAAACCUGGGGCUCCCAACGGAGUCCCGAACCAAUGGGAAAGUUAGGAAGGCUGCCUGUGAUGCGUGUGGUCUGUUAGCUCAGGGCACGACAGAGCACGUCCUUUCUAAAAGGGAGCUGAGAAGUUCCUUGUUCAGUGCCUGGAGGGAAGUGGGGUCAGCCAUCAUUAUCUUUCUUUAGCAGGUACUCUGAUCAGAGAAUGGGUCCUGUGGAAAAUAUUUCACUAAUUAUCUGUUUGCUUUGGGGUCAACAAAUAAAUGUAAUUAUUUUUAAUGCAGCCAGCAUUACCUGAAACAGGUGCCCUGUUACUCCUGUUAGGUCAUCAGGACUCUGCCUACCGAAGUCUGAAGUUUUAAUCUUAGAAUCUAGAAUUCUUGUGGGUGGUAGUGUAUUAAGCAAGAAAAAAAAGGCGGUUUGAUUUCUUUUCUCAUACUUGGUAGAACCUGUUCACACCAAAGUCAUGUUUUGACCUGUAAGCAGAACAGUCUGAAAGGUGAGUUGUUGAUGCGGUUUAAAUGUUCCAUUUGAAGCUGCCAGUUUCUUCAGGCUUUUUUGAAAAAAAAUAAAUAAAUAAAUAGAGUAAGUGAUAGAUUGACAGCCUGGCGGAAAAUGGCAGUCGCUAGGACGCACCAUCCGCCCUGAGCCGUCGGGAGAUGGGAGCCUGGAGUGGCCCGUGAGAGAGCGAGCGGGACGCUGGCUUCCAGGCCUUCUGUGGGACCCAGGAACCCAGGCUGCUGGGCACGUCAUUUUAAAUGAGACCUUUAACAAGAAAACUCCUGAGGGAUGCGAUCAAACGUGGUAAGGCUCUCAAACUCUGGUUUUUUGUUAGGGUAAUACACAUCAGAAAGUUUUAAGAGUUUUAAAUUUUUAUUUUUAAAAAAGUAAUUGGGGGACUGGAGCAUUUCUUUUCAAAUCAUUCUGGUUUAUUGGUUGAGUACCUGUGUGUGUGUGUGUGUGCGUGUGCGUGUGUGUGCGUGUGCGUGUGUAAAUCUGUCUUUCAGAGGGAACAUAUAUUUUUCAUCCUCUAGGAUGGCUCCCAGGCUAUUUUAUACUAAAACUUAAAAAAAAAGAGGGGGGCUGCACUUUGCAGUUGCCACUUUUAAAAAAGUAAUGCCUUGCACAUUUCAAGUUUUUUAAAAUUAUUAGAAUCAUAGGCCUUAAAGACUAAUUGCUUGCCAACGUUUUUAGACACAGAAGACUGCAUGUGACAUGUGCAAACAGAGCCAUGUUACCCCCCCUGCUUGUGCGUGGAUCAAAUGUGGACGCCCUUUAGUAACAUUUCUACACGAUCACUUUUGUAUCAAAUCCUCGUUACAUAAGGGUGUGAGUUUCUCAGAGAGGGGGUUUACACUAAGAGUAGUAUUUCUAAAAUACAGUGUGGACCGUGAAUUGACAAAGUAGUGGAGGAGUUGUGGCCUUGUCGUCUAGUGAAUCCCUUCAAACCGUACAUAACAAGCAUUAGCAGAAAACCUCCGAGUAUCUCUGGCUGAAUGUACUUCUCAGCUUGCUUUGUUUCCCUUCUCCUGAGGACCCAUCCGGAGUCUUGUCCCUCCAAGGAUGAGCCGUGCCAGGACAGGCCUGGGAUCAGGACGGGUGGGCAUGCCCCACAGCUGGGCCAGAGAGUCGUAGCCAGCAGACUCAUCCAAGGAUGCCUAGAAUAGAGUUCAUACUGGGAUUAAAUCACUUGGCACUUUUUGGGGCACCAUUUUUAGCACUGUUUUGUUAUUAAUAACUGGAAGCACUUAAUGAUUAUUUUGUGUCAUUUCAUCUUAAGGGUAUGGAGGCUCAGAAAAGUAAUGUGUAUUUCUCAUUUAUGUUUCUGGACUUACUCAGACUCUUUGGAGAAGAGAUAAAUGGAUUACCUUUGAGCCUUUCUCCGAGGCUCUGUAAGGUAUGCUCUUUGGGCUAGGAUGUUUGAAAAUCAUUUACAAGCUUUUCGUACUGUGCUUUGUAGAAAUGUAUGACUUUUUAAACGGUUUGCAGUUGAUGGAGUACACUCAGCUUUGUACACUAUCCAAUUAUAUGUUUCUCUUCUGUUUUGUCGUCUUUGCUCAUUGUCUGUUGGGCAGGGGACGCAGUCCCUUCUGAGACAUUUCAUGGUUUCUGUUUCCGAGGGCAGUAUUACCAGGGCCUGCGUGACAUCCAGUGCUUAUGUGACACGUAGCAGUAUCUUAGGAACAUCCCUGUUCACUGUUAGUGAAAGUACUUAAUAAGUGUAUAUGUAAAGACAGAAGUUAAUACAAUUAAGUUUUGAUCACUCAUGGCCUAUUUGUUCGGUUUGGCCAUUUGAUUUUCCUAAUCACAGCCCUAUUGGCUUCUGCACUUUUGCCUUCUUGCAGUUUCACUGACCUCUGUGGGUAGGGAAGAUUCAAUAUGAAACUCAGUCCAGUCAUUUUGCCACUGAUGGCUUUGGUUUGAGGUGAAUAAACUUUUUGACCUAAAACUAGUUUUUUAGAAUUAUACCCUUUUUUGGCCAGAUAAUCAAGUUGGCUUUGAAAAAAAGUGUUUAACUUUGCACUUUGGAGAACAAACUAAGAAUUUUUUGUGAGCCCUACUGGAUCUUCAGGUGUGGACAUCACUUGACAAUGGAAUGUUAUUAGAUCAUGAACAUUUGAUUUGCAUCCACCCGAUGUGUAAUGCAGAGGAAAAACAAUGUCUGCUGUGGCGUUAACACCAGAGAGAAGUAUUUCUUUUUACAUCAGCGUCUUAUUUCGGGCUGUGUGGUGAUCAGAACUUGUCAGGGUGUUUCCCUCCAACCUAGAUCGACUUGACUGAAAGACCGUUCCGUCUCUGUUUAUCCCCCUCCCCCACCUUGUGCACUGAAAUCUGUCUCUCACGAGUAUCCACCACUUUUGUAUACGUGGAAUGCUUCUGUGUGAUACAGGUGUGCACACCUACCCAAAGGAACGAAUGACCGUUAGAACAGCACCAAUAACUUGUUUUAAUUUCAAUGUCAUUUACAUCAGGGAGACCUUCAAAGUAUUAAAAUUGCUUUUUUAAUUCUUUUUCCUACAACAGCAAUUAAAAUGAUGAUAACUGCUAGCAUUUAUUAAAACCAUGCUGGUUGUUGGUGCAGGUGGAGAGAGGCUGCCUUGUCUCCUAGCUCCGCAGUGUGACUUUGCCCGUUGGGGAACAAAGGGGUGUUGUUUUAAGGUUGAUCAGAAAGGCUGGAGCCAGAGUCUCGAAAUCUAAUUUGUGCAGCAGAGAACCUUCACACGGAGGGGAGGCGAGGGAGGAAGAGGUCGCGCUAGCACUUUGAGGGCUUUAUGACCUGCUGCUUGGAAAAGAGAAAAGCACCGUUGACACCUGUGCACCUCUGGACGGAGCAAGGGGUUGCUCUGGUAACCAAUCAGGUGAUCGUUUUUUCUCUCUCAUUUCAAGUUUUAUGCAAAAGUUUUGUCAAAUUCUAUAAUGGCGUCUUUUUAGAAAGAUGAUGUGUUAAAAACAACUAUUUUUAUGCAGGAACUGACAGAGGAAUUUGCUUUGUAUAAUGGCAAGCUAGCUUUAAGAAAGCACUGUAGCAAAUUUACUGAAGUCCAAAACUAUAUAGACAUGUUCAUAGAUAUAUGUGCAUCUAGAUAUGGACAACAAUUGUAUUUUUUUAAAUAAAUAUUUUUAACAAAAUGA